AUGAACCCAGUUGAAGAGGUAAAUCGCAAAGUUCAAUCACCUGAUUUGAGCGUAACUGAUUUAGAAGAUAUGUUUAUUAACCUAGUCUGUAUUUUGGAAGAAAAGCGUGGAGGGUUUGAGGACUUCUGGAAGUUUUGCCUAUCAGUGAAGCCACCAUCAGUAGCUGAACCGGAACUAGCAAGAAAACGCCGCAUUCCUCAACGGUAUGAAAACAAGGAGGCUGGAGCACCCCACACAUUCAACACACCAGCUGAAUUUUUUAAAAUCAAAUACAUUGAAAUUUGUGAAACUGUGAGGUCUUGUGUUGCCAGCAGAUUUGAUGCAACAGGACUGUCAAAGGUCAUUGCAGUGGAAAGGGAGUGUCUGUCUGUUUUAAACGAAGGACAAAAAAGUGAUAUGACACGCUCUAAAGAGUUUUUUCAAAAUGAUCUGGACACUGACAGAUUAUUCUUACAUUUGUCAAUGUUAAGUGACAUUUCCAAACAAAAGAAGCUGCAACUUCGUACGUUGAAUGAUGUUAAAAAGUACUUUGAACUAGAACCCAGUGUGAAGGAAAUGUUACCAGAACUUGUGAAAGGCUUGAAACUGCUUCAAGUUGUGCCGGUGACGUCAGCAACUAACGAACGUUCAUUUAGUGCCCUGCGCCGCCUCAAAACCUACCUUAGAGCUACAAUGGGACAGAAAAGACUCAACAACUUAGCGAUAACUCAUGCUCAUCAAGAUAUUUUGGAAGAAAUAGACAUUUGUCAAGUCAUCAACGAGUUCAUUAAAAGGAAUCCAGUCAGAAGAUCCAGUUUUGCACUCUUCUAA